AUGCUCACACACCGUGUGGAGGAGUGUGUCCUGGACAUGCUGUGGGGGAGUGUGUCCCUGGACAUGCUCACACACCGUGUGGAGGAGUGUGUCCUGGACAUGCUCACACACCGUGUGGAGGAGUGUGUCCCUGGACAUGCUUACACACCGUGUGGAGGAGUGUGUCCUUGGACAUGCUGUGGGGGAGUGUGUCCCUGGACAUGCUCACACACCGUGUGGAGGAGUGUGUCCUGGACAUGCUCACACACCGUGUGGAGGAGUGUGUCCCUGGACAUGCUCACACACCGUGUGGAGGAGUGUGUCCUGGACAUGCUGUGUGGGAUUGUGUCCCUGGACAUGCUCACACACCGUGUGGAGGAGAGUGUGUCCCUGGACAUGCUCACACACCGUGUGGAGGAGUGUGUCCUGGACAUGCUGUGUGGGAGUGUGUCCCUGGACAUGCUCACACACCGUGUGGAGGAGUGUGUCCUGGACAUGCUGUGGGGGAACCCCGCUCCCGUGCUGGAGGCGUCACACACACUUGAGGAGAGGUUGCAGCAGCUGCAGAACUCCGCCCCCCACAGCUCAGAGCUGAGAGAAAUCUCCACCCACUGGAAGACACACCUGGAGUGCCUUAACAACUCAGUCCACACAGAGGACAGUCCCGGCGCGCUGGCGGAGGAAGGUUCCGGGGCUGCGUCCGCAGCAGAGGCGUCUGGCCGGCCGUCCAGCACUAUGACCCCCAACAGCACACUCAACGCCAAGAGCUGCAGCUCCCCGCAACAGAACCACCACCACCAGGCAGACGGAUCCUCAGAGGAGUCCGCCUCCACUCUCUCCACCCGGCUGGGGGACGCUGAGGGCAAGAUCUGCACCCUGCAGACAUCUCUGACCACAGCCCAGUCAGAACUCCUGGAUCUGCAGAGGAAAUAUGAAGAGGAGAUGACCGCUAAGGCGGAAGAAAUUGGCUUGCUGGUCUCAAACCUGGAAAAAGCCAACCAGAGAGCAGAGAUAGCUCAGAGGGAAGUGGAGAGGUUAAAGGAGCAGCUGACCAACUCUCAGACCACCAGCUGCCCAACACAGGACACCAAGGGAAAGGAGAGGGGGGAGAAGGAUGAGUGUUCUGCGUCCCCGCUGGAGGUGGCUCUCUUUGCUAAGGACAGAGAAAUCCUCCGACUGCUGGAGAACGUCCAGAGGCUUCAGUUCACUCUACAGGAAGUCCAGGACGCAUCGGCCAAUCAGGUCGCAGAGCUGGAGCGCCAGCUGGCCUACAAGACAGAAGCUAUAGAGAGAUUAGAAGCCAAGCUGCAGAUUCGGAGGGACUACGAAGAGAUUAAAACUGAGCUCAGCAUCCUGAAAGCGAUGAAACUGGCAUCAGCAAAUGGCAGCUUAAACCAGGAGUCUGCUAAGGCUGCAGAAGCACUACUUCUAGACAAAGAGGCCUUCCUGCCCUCUCAUAAGUAUCUGAUGGACAAAGCCAGAGUGUUACACACCAAUGCAGUAGAUGAGGACCAAUCAGAGGAGUCUGCAAACGACCUGAGCCGGCCCCCCGGGUCUUACUCCUCCCCCCAAAGGCCGCUAUUGGGUGACGGCUGCUCCUCCUCCAGCCCGGCCCCGCCCCCCGUGGACGGAAACUCCUCGUCCUCCUCCUCGGCCCACGACCUCUCGCGACCUUUCUCCGUGUCUCCGUUCUCCGGCGAGCAGCUUCUGCAGCGCCAGCUGCUGUCUCCGCUCCUGAAGAAAGAUGGCGGCGGUGCCGCCUCCAUCGCGCCCACACACACACCCUCACACACACACACACACACACACACACCCCUCAUGGCCUUCCCCUCUGCCCUCUACGCCGCUAAAGCCGCCCUCAUGUCUGCAGCCAAUCAGGCGUCAGCGGGGGCGGGGGCAGGGGCAGGGGCAGGGACGGGUGAGACGGGCAUGCCCAGCGACCAAUCAGAGAGCGGGGGCUCGAGUGUGGGCGGGAACGAGGAUGACCAGCUGGAGACAUCAGAGAUCGCCUACCAGGUGAAGGAGCAACUUCUGAAGCACAACAUUGGGCAGCGCGUGUUCGGACACUACGUGCUGGGCCUGUCGCAGGGGUCGGUCAGCGAGAUCCUGGCCCGGCCCAAACCCUGGAGGAAGCUGACCGUCAAGGGCAAGGAGCCCUUCAUCAAGAUGAAGCACUUCCUGUCUGACGAGCAGAACAUCCUGGCGCUGAGGACCAUCCAGGUCCGGCAGAGAGGGAGUAUCACUCCUCGUAUCCGAACUCCUGAAACUGGGUCAGACGAGGCCAUCAAGAACAUUCUAGAACAGGCCAAGAAGGAGAUCCAGUCUCAAAGAGGAGGAAGGUACGUAUGCAGUGUCAGACCCUGGAGUGUUGGUAAAGGUGACGGUAAGCUGACCGGUGGCUCGUCCGGCCGCAGCAGUGGUGGCGGUGGCAGUAGCGGCGGCUCUGACGAGACCAUCAAGGGCAUCCUGGAGCAGGCGCGGCGCGAGAUGCAGGCACAGCAGCAGGCACUGCUGGAGAUGGAGGCCUGCGGACGCACCUCCUCCUCCUCCUCCUCCUCCUCCGCUGCGGAGCGACUUGGACUGGGCCUCCAGGACGCCGCCAAGGCCCUGCAGGGCCCGGGGCCCGCCUACGUGAAGCAGGAGGAGGGUGGCAUGGUGCCCGUGUGCGUGGGCGCCGGCGGCAUCGGCUGCCCGCAGACGCCGCUGAGCGUGCUGUCACCCGCCGCCUUCGUGCAGAACAUCAUCCGCAAGGUCAAGUCGGAGAUCGGCGAGGCCGGGACGUACUUCGACCAGCACUGGUCAGCCGAGCGCGGAGGAGGAGGAGGAGGUGGCGGCGGAGGAGGAGGAGUGGUGGGGAUCAUGGGGGCCAUCUCGCGACCUUUCACCUCCGCGUCACCCGCCGUGUCCUCCUCCUCGUCCUCUGGCCACGCCCCCGUGCCCCGCCCUUGGCCUCGCUCGGAGAACGGCGAAGGCCCGCCCACAGGCGACGACACGUCCGGAGCGGAGGAGGAAGUGGGGGGAGGAGGAGUCCAGGUGGGGGCGGGGCCGCCAGGGGGCCGUCCCGUGGAGGUGAAGGUGGAGCCGGAGGCGUCAGCGGGCGGCGGCGGCGAGGGCUCGUGUCCGAGCCGCGUGCCGUACUACCCGGCGUACAUCCCGCGCACCCUCAAGCCCACGGUCCCACCACUCACCCCCGAGCAGUACGAGAUGUACAUGUACCGCGAGGUGGACACCAUCGAGCUCACGCGACAGGUCAAGGAGAAGCUGGCCAAGAACGGCAUCUGCCAGCGCAUCUUCGGAGAGAAGGUCCUGGGUCUGUCUCAGGGUAGUGUGAGUGACAUGCUGUCCCGUCCCAAGCCGUGGAGUAAGCUGACCCAGAAGGGUCGCGAGCCCUUCAUCCGCAUGCAGCUGUGGCUGCUGGACCAGCUGGGACAGGGCCUGAGUCAGCUGCCCAACCACACCAACACACAGGAUAAGAGCCCGGUCAUGUCCCAGUCGUCCCCCUCGCCUCCCCCCAGCCCCGAGGAGACCCCCUCCAGCCUGGCCCACCCUAGCGAGCCCAUCAGCCUGGCUCUGGAGAGCAGCAAGGAGAACCAGCACCCCCACCCGCACCCCCACGGCCACGCCGACCCCCCAGGGGGCAAGAACACCCCCGGGCUGCAGUCCUGCCACCCCCCCCACACGCCGCUGGGCAUCCAGGAGCUGGUGGCCAUGUCCCCUGAGCUGGACACAUACGCCAUCACCAAACGCGUCAAGGAGGUGCUCACCGACAACAACCUGGGCCAGCGUCUGUUUGGCGAGACCAUCCUGGGCCUGACCCAGGGCUCCGUGUCUGACCUGCUGUCCCGUCCAAAGCCGUGGCACAAGCUGAGCCUGAAGGGCCGCGAGCCGUUCAUCCGCAUGCAGCUGUGGCUCAACGACCCGCACAACGUGGAGAAGCUCCGAGACAUGAAGAAACUGGAGAAGAAAGCCUACCUGAAGCGGCGUUACGGCCUGUUGAGCCCCGGCUCGGACAGUGACUCCCCCGGGACGCGUUCGGACUGCGUGAGCCCCGGGCUGGGCGCUCUGGAUCUGUGCCCGUUCACGCAGCAGGCCAAGAAGCCGCGCGUGGUGCUAGCGGCCGAGGAGAAGGAGGCGCUGCGCAAGGCCUACCUCCAGGAGCCCUACCCCUCCCAGCACACCAUCGAGAUGCUCGCCGCACAGCUCAACCUCAAGACCAACACCGUCAUCAACUGGUUCCACAACUACAGCAGGUCCCGGAUGCGGCGUGAGGUUCUCAUGGAGGGCCCUCAGGACAACGACACGGACGCCGAGCCCACCCCCUACUCCCCCCUGCCCUCCCGCAGCCCCGUAUCCGACGGCGACGACAGGAAGCUGCCGCCCCACGUCCGCCCCCUCAGCGCCUCCGUUCGACACCUCCCCCUCCCCAUCAAGCAGGAUGCCGGAGACCCCGAGCUGGACGCUCCAGGGGUGGGGGACGCCACCGGCCGGCUGCCCAGGAUCAAGCACUUCCCACUGGGCUUGUCCUUCCCGCCGUUGAAGGCCGAGCGCGAUGAGCUAGCGCUAAGAGCUCCACACCGUCCCCAGAGCGUGAGGGAGGACGAGGCCAGCAGCAGCCAGGGCCAGGGCCUCUUCUCUGGGGCUCUGGGCAUGGAGGGCUCCCUGAGGCCCAGCGUGAGUCCGCAUGAAGGGGGGGAGGAUGCCGAGAAGUCGCCCGUGGACCCCGUGAGCUUCAAGGCCUCAUCGGAGCCAUGUCGCAGCAGCCUGGAGGUGUCGCUCAACUCCCCCUCCGCCGCCUCUUCCCCAGGCCUCAUGCUGUCCGUCUCCCCUGUCCCCUCCUCGUCCGCCCCCAUCUCGCCGUCCAGCCACGGCACAGACGCCCCCUCUGCACCCGGCUACGGCCUGGACCCCCCCACCCUGCACAACCCCAAACUCAACAAGAGCACGCAGAGGCGCAACGAGAAGAUGGCCAAUCUGAACAACAUCAUCCACCGGCUGGAGAGGGCUGCCAACCGUGAGGAGAGCCUGGAGUGGGAGUUCUAGAACAUAACCUUCUCUCUCUCUCUCCCUCUGAUUAUGUGUGUGUGUGUGUGUGUGUGUGUGUGUGUGUGUGUGUGUGUGUGAGUCAGAACCCUUGCACAUGGUUCACCCCGAGACUCUGAAAGAGAACCUUCUAGAGUCACCUCAAGACUCUGAAAGAGAACUUUCUGGAGUCACCUCAAGACUCUGAAAGAGAACCUUCUAGAGUCACCUCAAGACUCUGAAAGAGAACUUUCUGGAGUCACCUCAAGACUCUGAAAGAGAACCUUGUUGGGUCAUCCCAAGGCUCUAAAAGAGAACUUUCCAGAGCCACCUUAAGACUCUGAAAGAGAACCCUCUGGAGUCAUUCCAAGACUUUCCAAGGAGAACUUUCUGGAGGCUCUGGAAGACGCCCCGUCCCCCAACCUGGACCCCACGGUCCUCUGCACUGACCGGUCCCUCAAAGGGAACGACAACUUACAACACUUAACACUGAUGACACCCCUCUGGAGAGUAACACACACACUCACACGCAUGCACACACACAAAAACUCACACAGUCACACACACACACACAUUUCUAAACGUCUUUUAGGUAUUUUGAUAAAGCAUCCUACUUUGAAUUUUAUGUAACAGCACGUGCUGUUGUGUUUUAAACAGAAGAGACAUAACAAGAUCAAGAGGAACUCUGAGGUGAAGACUUGCAGCUAUGGUGUCAUGAAAUGCACACUGAAGUCCUAUAGAUUGCCACUGGGUGAGAUUAUUUUAAAAAAAAGACCGCUGUCUUAAGCCAUUUAAAAAAGCACUAUACUUAUUUAAAAUGAGACACUGACCAAAUUUGCUACUUUUUGAAUAGCAAUUUUUUCUGAUUUUGUCUGUAAGACGGGACAGAUAAAAGAUGAGCAACUUAUGAAAAAAAAAAACAUGACAUGACGAAGGGAUAGUCCUGAAAAGACUCUAAAAUAGUGAACACAUCGUAUGUACUUAGUUUCUUGGUGAUAUGUUUUGGAACAUUUGUUACACAGACGUAUAAUAUGUGGUUGUACGUGUUGUAGAAUUGUCUGCAAUAGCCUUCUCCAAACAAGAUGUAGCAUGGAACCGAAAUAACCCUUCUCCUCUCCUCCCUAGUUAGUCACAUGUGAUAUACUUGAGCUUAAAAAAAGAGAAAAAGUUGAAAAAUCUGCAAAAAAUAAUAAGAAAUGGAAAUGUUUAAACCUUGUUAAUUGUAGGAUAUUUUAGUGAACACUUUCUUUCCUUCCUUCCUUCCUUUCAUUUUAAUAAUACUUAGAGGUUUACAUUAGGGGCCGUGUGCAUGGGUGUGUGAGAGAAAGAGUGUGUGUGUGUGUGUGUGUAAAAGUAUGUGUGUGUGUGCCUG